UGGAGUUUCCAGGCCCCGUCGGGUCUCCAUCAGCCUCGUCCGCUGCACUUGGAGCAUCUUACCCUUUCCCCGCCCCACCCGUCCUGGCCAGAACGCUGGCAGCGGGCGGCUGUCCGGGCCCGGUACGCGCCCUCCUCCCCGGGAGCCCCGCGGGCCUUGGCUGCGGCCCCUGCGAACCUGCAGUGCGAGCGGCCUCGGAGUCCAUUCGUCGUGGGCCAGGGAUUUUCUUAAAAGCCACGAAUCUACUGCAGCUCUUGACUCUUGCUUCACGCGCUUUCCAGGAAUUUCCAGCCUCACCAGGCAAAUUCGUAGCGUGUGCAGAGGGAGCAGUGGCCGCACCCCAGGCGUCGCUAGAAGGCGCACUGAGAAUAUGGAGACUGCCCUAAGGAUAUGUCUCCAGGGACUGAGGGGGGAAAAGCGAGCGUGGGAAACAAGACAGGCCCCGCCUCUGUGGUUCUCUCUCCUCCUAGCUCUGCAGGACCUCGCUUUUCUAAACAGAGGGCGCAGUGCAUGAGGCCCGGGGUCGGCGGCCAUGCUCCAGACAGUGUGGUUCCAGGGCUUGAGCAGGAACCCGUCGUGUCAGGAGUCAGUGACCUUUGAGGACGUGGCCGUGUACUUCACUCAGAGCCAGUGGGCCAGCCUGGACCCUGUGCAGAGGGCCCUGUACAGGGAGGUGAUGCUAGAGAACUAUGCGAGUGUGGCUGCCCUGGCGGCAUUUCCAUUUCCCAAACCAGAUCUGAUAUUCCAGCUGGAGCGAGGGGGCGCACCAUGGGGCCUGGAUCCCUGGACAGCCCUGGGGGGUGAGGCCCGGAGAGGCGUCUGCACAGCUUCUAAGGUUCUGGCUUUUCCAAACCCAGAAGACAGUGCGCGAAGCCAGGGGACAUCAGCCAUGCUCCAAACAACUUGGCCUCGGGAGUCAGUGACCUUUGAGGACGUGGCUGUGUACUUCACUCAGAGCCAGUGGGCCAGCCUGGACCCUGUGCAGAGGGCCCUGUACAGGGAGGUGAUGCUAGAGAACUAUGCAAAUGUGGCUGCGCUGGUAGCAUUUCCAGUCACCAAACCUGUUCUGAUCUCCCAGCUGGAGCGAGGGGAGGCACCUUGGGGCACUGAUCCCUGGGAAGCAGAGGUUUUGCGAGGCAUCUGUCCAGGUGGUGAGUCGUGGAUCAAGGGUGAAGAGCCAACUGUGAAACAGGAGGCUUCCGGAGAAACAGAGUGGCCCGGAGUGCUGGGAGGCGGACUCCUCAGAAAUGUGUCUCAGCACCUUGAUUUUAAAAGCAAGGCCAACGCCACGUGGUCGACUUUCAAUCUGAAUCCAAAUCUGAUACUUCGAGGGGGAAUGAAGUUCUAUGAGUGCAAAGAAUGUGGGAAAAUCUUCAGGUACAACUCAAAGCUCAUUCGGCAUCAGAUGAGCCACACUGGGGAAAAGCCCUUCAAAUGUAAGGAAUGUGGCAAAGCUUUCAAGUCCAGCUAUGAUUGUAUUGUACAUGAGAAGAAUCAUGUCGGAGAAGGGCCCUAUGAAUGUAAGGAGUGUGGCAAAGGUCUGAGUUCCAACACGGCCUUGACUCAGCAUCAGAGGAUCCACACUGGAGAGAAGCCCUACGAAUGCAAAGAGUGCGGCAAGGCCUUCCGUAGGAGUGCAGCCUAUCUUCAGCAUCAGCGAUUACACACUGGGGAGAAACUCUAUAAGUGCAAGGAAUGCUGGAAAGCCUUUGGUUGCAGGUCACUUUUCAUUGUCCAUCAAAGAAUUCAUACUGGGGAGAAGCCCUUCCAGUGUAAGGAGUGUGGCAAGGCGUUCACGCAGAAGAUCGCCUCCAUUCAGCAUCAGAGAGUUCACACCGGAGAGAAGCCUUACGAAUGUAAGGUGUGUGGGAAAGCCUUCAAAUGGUAUGGCAGUUUUGUUCAGCAUCAGAAACUGCACCCUGUGGAGAAAAAGCCCAUCCCAGUGAGUCCCCAGUGCCCCUCUUCAGCCUCAUCGCCGGGCCCUCUCCAGAGCCCGUGCUCGGCGCCUUCACUGACCUUUCCGCGCGCGGUGCUCCUUCCUGCCUCUGGGCCUUUGUUUAUGCUGCUUCCCACACCCGGAACGCCUUCAUCACCUGUCCCAAUAGUGCGAGUCUUCCAGGGCUUCGCUCCCAGUGUCAGGCCUGCCCCAAUUAGUCUCACCCCUCGGGAGCUUUAUCUGGCUACUCCCGUGGCUCUCACACCCAGCAAAUCUCCAACCUAAUUUGAGUUUCAUUUGUAUUUUUUUCAGCUAUUUCAGCAUACACUCCAUUGUACUCUCUAUAUUUAAAGACUGUAUUUAUAUAAUAUGUUCUCUUUUCUUCUGGAAAUGAAAUUAGUCUCCUGAUUAAAAACAAAGUGAUACUGACUUUUUAAAAGUCGAUUUUGUAUAUACUGAGGUAUAUUUAACAUAUAUACAAUUCGCUGAUUUUAAGUAUACAAAGAUUUUUAGUACUUUAAACAUGACCAUAAAUCAGUUUAAUAACAUUUUCAUCCAAUAAGGUCCCUCCUGCCCAAGCAACCACUAAUUUACUUUUUGUCUCUAUAAAUGUUAUUUUUAUGAACAGUUCCUGUUUUUAAGAAAGCAUUUUUGUGCUUUCUAGCACACAUGAUGUCCAUGCUUAGCUGGUACUUCCCAGCUCUGGUUCUGGAAUCAGCCAUUUUUCCAGGGAGCCCUGAUGUGGGACAUGAUAUUUAGAAACCAAGAGCUAGGGCCCAGAUAUCUUGUGGCAUCCUCAGCAUGGAUGGCCUGAGGCUGGGAUGUGGUACAUUUCACCUAGUUCAGGGCUGCGGGGCUGUUGGACAUUCACCUGGCUUUCCAACUCUAGUUUCAUGUGGAAACCCAAAGUGAACAAUCAGAGAGAUCUCUGUGAUCUUGGUGCUAAACUGUGACGAUCAAGAGGCAUUGAUUGUUGGUUCUCAUUUGAACUUGUAGCCAUUAUGUGGUUUUUUUGGUGUGUGUUUUUUGUAUAAGAAAAGAGUAAAUAAUCUAUGAUUGGCUGCCAUGUCUAAUUCAUACAACUACCCAAUUUCCAAAUAACUGACAGAGUGCCUGACAUGUGGAAGGCUUUUAAUAAGUGCUUUUUGAAUAAAUAAAUGACCAACGCA